AGGAUCUUGCAACUGCAACCACUCCUCAACGGCCCCAACCCCGACGCGCCCGCCCGCCAUUUUUCUAUCCUCUAAAUUUAAAUUAAACUGCGGUGAGAACAGAGACGGCAGGUGAUCCAUUUUCUUGGUCUGUUGUUGGUGUUAACUUUUGUUUUCUCCUUCUUGAGAAGACAAAUUUCGUUCUUUAGGGGACCAGGCAAGCAAAAGCAUCAUCAUCCAAGUCUCUCUGCAAAAAAAUGUAAUCACCAACCUUUACCACCUUUGCUUUGAUCCCAUUGCCUUUACCUUUCUUUCUUCGCCUCCCUCUCCAUAGCUUCCUUCUUUUCCCCCUUUAUUCCCUGCCUAGUUGCUCCUGCUUUGCGAGCAUUGCCCACACUCCGCUCGCUCGCACACGGCAUCGCCAUUGCACCCAGCACGCAAACCGUAUGCCGAUCAUGAAGGAGUUUUCGUACGAGGAGAUCGAGGCGGCGACCGGCGGCUUCGCGGCCAAGAACGUCGUCGGGAAGGGCAGCCAUGGAUGCGUGUACCGGACAAGGCUCAGGGUUGGCACCGGCAGGAGGGCCGUCACCGUGGCCGUCAAGAGGGCGUCGCACCCGCAGGGGGAGGCCAAGCUCGCCAACGAGAUCGCCGUGCUCGCCGCCGCGCGCCACCUCCCGGGCGUCGUCACCCUCCUCGGCGUCGCGGCGCCGCCGCCCGGCAAGCCGCCUUUGCUCGUCAUGGAGCUCAUGCCCAACGGCUCGCUCCACGACCUCCUGCACCGGUCCCCGCGCCCCCCGCCGUGGCCGCGCCGCGUGGAGCUCGCGCUCGACGUGGCGCGGGCCCUGCGCGCGCUCCACGGCGCCGCGCCGCGCGUCAUCAUACACCGGGACGUCAAGACCGCCAACGUCCUGCUCGCCCGCGACGGCCGCGCCCGCCUCGCCGACUUCAGCCUCGCGGUCAGGGUCCCCGCCUCUGGCGCGCCGGCGCCGCCGCCCGCUGGCACGAUGGGGUACCUGGACCCGAGCUACACGGAGCCCGGCCGGCUCGGCCCGGAGAGCGACGUGUUCAGCUUCGGCGUCGUGCUGCUCGAGAUCGUCAGCGGCCGGAAGGUCAUGGACAUGAACGCCUCCCCGUCGUCCAUCGUCGCAUGGGCCGUGCCGCUCAUCCGCGCCGGCCUGGCGCGCCAGGUGUUCGACGGGAGGGUCGCCGCGCCCCCUCCCGGCGGAGUCGCCGAGGCCGCGAUCGCCCGGGUCCUAGCCGUCGCCGCACGAUGCGUAUCUGGUAACGUGGAGGGCCGGCCGACGAUGUCCGAGGUGGCGUCCGAGCUGCGGGGCGCGCUCGAGAGCGCCGGGUGGCACCGCCGCCGCGGGAUGGACGCCGUGGAAAGGGUGUACAGGCGCGUCGUGUCGUGGGGAACGCGGGUGCGCGCCAAGACGACGACGAGGAGGAGUAAGGUGGAGUGCACCGAGCUGUCGUCGGGGUCGUCGGAGGGGAGCAGCAGCCGCGCGGACUCCUGCCCUACACCGUCGUCGCGUUCCAACAGCAUACGACUCACCACAUAGGCUGACACUGCAAAACAUAGGCGCCCCUUCCAACGGAACGUGCGACUAUUUUUUUUUUCGUGUCAAAAAUCCUCCAUGAAUUGAACUGUUUUCCGGAUUUUACAGGGAUUGCUAACGUUAGUUAGGCUAUAUAUUCUCGGAUAAGUUAGAUCACAAUGGUAACGACUGUUUGUUUGGUUGUGUACAUUGAUGUGUAUAUGUUGCUGUCAACACAUGGGUUGUAACUUGUAGUAUGGAGGAACUACACCCAUAUUUGAACUGAACCUCCUGAUUUUGACUUCAACAAACGGGGAUCCAUUUCUU